GUUGCCGGAGUGUCUACCGAUACCGGGCAUACUUCGACGUCAGGUGACGCCUCAUGGGCCCUGAAUAACGACGAUGCCAUUAUAGAUUGGGCGUGGAGAGCGCUGCACAUAUCGGUAGAAGUUGGAAAGGAGGUGGUGACGCAAUUCUAUCAGCAAGCGGCCAACAAGAGCUACUAUCUUGGAUGUUCGACAGGUACGUACUCUUCCGUCAGACGAGCUGAAGUUCAGAUGUUUCCGGGAGACUUCGAUGGUGUCGUCGUCGGCUCGCCAGCUAACUGGUUAACCCAUGUCCAGCCGUGGAGCCUUCACGUCAAUCUCCUCGUGCAGCCCGUCAACUCGUCGCGGUGGAUACCGGCAGACACGUGGGAGAACCUGAUCCACAACGAGGUGUUGAGACAGUGCGAUGGGCUAGAUGGAGUCGAGGAUGGGAUUCUGAACGAUCCUACGCAGUGCAACUUCGACCCUUCGUCUAUCACCUGCUCCGCGGAGGAUACGAACGCUACGGACUGUCUCACGAGUACUCAAGUCGAAACAUUCACUCAAGUAUUCUCGGACUACAUCGAGACAAACGACACAUUCAUCUUCAAUGGGUAUUACCUCGGCGGCGAACUGGACUACCCGAAUGCCCUCGUUGGAGACCAUGUCUCUUCGCUAGCGCUCGCUUACGAACGGUUUUUCGUAUUCAACAACACGUUAUGGCAGGACACGCAACUCGACCUGGCAGCUAUCGAGUUGGGCGACAGGCUUGACGUGGGCAACGCAAACGCCAUCGACACCGAUAUUUCGAGCUUCGUGAGCGCUCCACAUAACGGCAAAAUUCUGCAUUACGUUGGCUUGGCCGAUCAAUUGAUAUCGCCCGGAAACUCGAAACUGUAUCACAGCUCCGUGCAAUCGUUCAUGGACGGCAACGGGCUCGGCGACAUUGAUGAUUCCUAUCGGCUUUUCACCGUCCCCGGUAUGAAGCACUGGUACGAAGGAUUCGGAGCCAACGCUUUCGGAGGUGCCAUGCAGGCGUCGUCGGGUCAGCCUCCGCUAGCCAACGACCCGGAGCAUAACAUCCUCCAGGCUCUGGUGGCAUGGGUAGAGAACGGCACGGCACCCGUGCAACUGACGGCAGCUUGGUAUGUCGACGACGAUCACAACAACGGGGUUGGAUUCACUCGGCCGCUGUGCAAGUUCCCUUUAAGCAUCCAGUAUAACGGCGGUAAUGUAAAUGUUUCUACCAGUUUUAGCUGUGUAUGA